AUGACUCCAAAGGCCUGUUCCAGGCCAGCCUACAUCUGGGACCUGAUGACCGCGUCUCGGACCCGUGCCCACUGUCCUACCCUCCAGCUCCCGGGGACUGGGGCCAGCUAUGGUGGGCUCUGCUCCAGCCCUUCGAAUGAAUCUGACAUCUUCAGCUGGGUGAUCCGCAGAGAAUUCCAGGAGUUCCAUCUCCUGGUGGAUGAGAAGGCCUGAUGUCUGGAGGGCAUCGAGUGUUACAUCUGGGGCCUGCUGGCCUCCAUGGACUUGCCAGGACAGGCUCAGGGUGCCCGUGAGCGGCUGAGCCAGGCCCAACACAUCUUGGAGCAGCUGAGUGAGGAGAGUCGCCUUGACUUCAUCCAGAAAUAUCAUGCCAUGGCCUCCAGGUAAGACCUGCAGCCUCCAUCCCUGGAGGGAACCUUCAAUGCUGAGUCCUUCAAGCCAGGCUUCCACCCAGCUGACCGCAAAAUGCCAGUGUGGAAACGUCUGUUCCAUAAGAGUCUCCCAGGUUAGUUACUUCAGCCCCAAACUCUGAAAUUGGACCCAACCAUGGCUCAUCCACUUUUCCAUCUCUUCAAAGGAAACACAGUGGUACAUUGUAGUCUCUUCUCUCAUCGCUGUGUCAGCCAUCCUGAUGGCUUUGACUACAACACCUGCAUCCUGAUCAGCCAGGGUUUCUCCUGUGGCCACCAUUACUGGGAGGUAGUUGUUGGCAACAAGAGUCAUUUGGCAGCUGGGGUCAUCAAGGGCACCACCAGCCGGAAAGACAAGCUGACCAAGUGCCCAGAGAAUGGGAUAUGACUGAUGGGGGUCAAAGAGGGCUGUGGGUAUGAGGCUUUACAGUGUCCACAAGUGCUCUUGCUUGUGGUAGGACAUCCUCAUUGGAUUGGGGUAUAUCUCCAACAUGAAUAGAGGGAGCUCACUUUCUUUGAUGCAGACCACUCCCAGGGCCUCCAGGCCCAGUACACAUUCCAGGCUGACUUUUAAGGCAAACUUUGUCUCCUAGAUACCUGUUGGCAUGAAUGGGGCAACAAUUCCCCUCCCCUUGUGUUGCCUCAACCUCCUGGGCCUAGCUACCUCCUACCCUUGGAGCAUACCAAACUAUAG